UAUCCGGAGCUCUUGGAUGACGUCAGAGGAUUUUACUUUAACUCAUACAUUGCAGAACAAACCAAUGUAUGGUUCGGAAGCUUUCACAACAUCUGUCAAGAAUCCGAGAUGAGGCGCUGGACUUUGGUGAUGCCAUCCAUCGUCUUCCUU